GGGGUUAAUGACCCCUUCACGUCGAGGCCGGCCGCUAGGAGCGCUAACCUAUGCUCCAACUCGCUAUGUAGUAUAAUGUUUGGCCAGGUGUUACCCAACACCGUCGCCAUUUCGCUGGAACCGAAGGAAAAUAGCAGCGAUACCAGUAACUGUUACGUCUUUUUGUGUGAAAUUGAUCCUCAUAGCAUUACCUGAGCGACCUGAAUAAAUAAACAUACCCAGUGACCUGGAACAAACAACUUCUAUAUUGUUCCCCUGUCGUCACUAUUCACAACCAUUCUUCUAACAAACCAUAUAUUGUUCCGAUUUCAAUAACUGAGCUGAUACAUGUAGGUCCUUGAGAUCUGAUUCGUAGUUCCAUAUUCAAUAUAGCUGAUUCCCAGUAAACCAUUAUGAUGUCGACCAUUAAAGGACUGGCGGUGACACGUAAAGGCGCCCGACGUGAAAUUCGGAGAAAGUUGACUCACUGUUCCUGGAAACGGAAAUCAACCGACCUUAUUUUCGCACGGUAUGACUAUACGCCGCAGGCAGGUGUCUCGUCUACUGCUAUGAAGAUCGUGGAGUAGUAUUGGAGAUUCCCACUCUUUUAAGGGUCUUUUAAUGCGACAGAAACGGUGGGAAUAUAGCUGACGUGUUACAGGUAUGCCUCGUGGCCAGGAGGGCCCAACCUCGGCCGAAAGCUGUGGUGACAGGAGCUCGGACUUUGACUUCCAGAGAAUCAGCCGGACCGUGGACAAGCUGGAAGCGAGCGGCUGGUACUGGGGUCCCCUGACCGGGAAGGAGGCGGUGCAGGCCCUGCGGGACCGGGAGGCAGGCACGUUCCUUGUGAGAGACAGUGAGGACUCCGCGCACCUGUUCAGCGUGAGCGUGAAGACUCCCCUGGGCGCGACUAGCGUCAGGAUCAAGUACACACAGGAGGGGAACUUCAAACUGGACUCGGGGGUCAAGAACCGCUGCUGCCCGGAGUUCGACUGCGUGAUCAAACUGUUAGACUACUACAUGCGGGAAUCGUCCAGUGAGAAGGUGACGAAACAUUUCUGGAAGGAGCCCGUGGGGAGGAGGAAGAUCCCGCUGAUUCUGUCCCGGCCUCUGGUGAGGAAGGUGCCGGACCUGCAGCACCUGUGCCGCCGGGUCAUCAACGCGCACACGCCGGACCGCCUCGUCUGGAAACUCCCGCUCCCAGGCCGACUAAAAAACUUUGUCAUGGACUAUCCCUUCUCAUUCUAGCAUUGUUCGUGUAAUCCUUACUUAUGCACAUCACUAUGUUAUAUACAUGUCUGCAUUAAUGCAUUUAAUAUCAUCGAUAUCGCCGGUACUAUUGCAGUAUGCCCCGGGCCCUGAUUGGGUACGAUUUCCAUUUGUUGAUGAGACGGGACUGACUGGCACCAAACAACACUGCGCCUUAUGAGGAACUACACCUAUGUACAUGUCAAGAAUAUAUAUUUUCUUCGGAUCAGAUGUGUACUCAUGUUUCAAAAAGUACAGCUUCUUCUCAUCUGGUUUCAAAACGAAAGCGCUGUGUACAAUCAAAACGCUAUAAUUCAGACAAAGACGUGUAAUAACGUUGCUGACCCCGUUUAAAGACAGGUUGAAAACAUGAUGGUGCGGCUGGCACCCAUGGUAUCCUGUUUAUGUACGUACUCAUGAUUAUAUGAGAUAAACUUGCACGUGUAUAUAAAACUUGGUAGCGCCCGAUUUAAACAAUGUCAGUAUUAACAUAAUUUAUGACGAGACAU